AUGGCGGCGCCCUCAGGGCGCCAAGCGGCCCUGGCUCUGGGUGCACUAAGCAGCGGUUGCGUCGGUGCCUUCGUGGUGACCCAGCUUUUCGCGUCGCCUCCGCCACCGAAGCCAUGCCCCUCCGAAAAGGCCCGAAAGGAGACCUUCGACACGUUGGCCAAAAGAUGGGACGUCACGGUUCGUUCCGACGAAUUCCUUGCCGGAAUCGGUAGAAUGCGAAGGAGAUUGGUCCAGCGCGCGUCAGGCAACGUCCUCGAAGUCGCGGUGGGAAGCGGACGAAAUUUUUCGUACUACAAUGCUGGGAAGGUGACGAGCCUUACAGCAAUCGACUUCAGCCGAGAGAUGCUGGAGGUUGCCGGAGAGAAGCGGAAGGAACUGGAGCCAAUCCCCCUCCGACUGAAGCUGGCGAGCACGCACCAGAUGGACUUCAAGGACGGUUCUUUCGACACCGUCGUGGAUACGUUUGGCAUUUGCUCCUUCGAGCAGCCUAUCCAGGCAUUGCAAGAGAUGCGCCGGGUUGUCAAAGACGACGGCCAGGUUCUGCUCUUAGAGCACGGUGCAUCCCAACAUCGGAAGCGGGGAAUGCUACGGCAAAAGCCCGCCGGGGAGGCUUGUGCUAGAUGCCUCCCUGGCUUUCUGCUGCGACAAAGCUCUGCGUGGACGUGGGGAGUACCUCCCGAGCUUGCACCGGACGAGCUGCAGGAUGCCCUGCAGUCGAUCACCUUGCGUGCAGCCGCUUUGCUAUGUCGGGACCGCUUGGAUGUGGGCAGCUUUGCUCCCGAUGUCCAGAAGUUUAGCAUUUUGGAUUCGAUGCCUCCGCGGAUCAAGCGGGAGGUCUUGCGCUUGGCCUCAGCAGAGAUCUUUGCAGAGCGCGCAAUGGGAGCCAUGGUUGGCAUGGCCGUGGCGGACUCGGUCGGUGCCUUCCUGGAGUUUUUGCCUGUUGGGAAGAAGGGCUCACGCUUCAAUCCCAAGACGCUGCAGGUGGAGGGGAGCUUCAACAAGUUCAAGCUGAAGCCUGGCCAGUGGACAGACGACACCUCCAUGGGGCUCUGCUUGGCAGAUUCCCUCCUGGUGUGCCAAGGAUAUGACGGGGCGGACAUUCGCGUGCGCUUCUGGAACUGGUGGCACCGUGGCUACAACAACGCAUUCCGUCGAGACCCAGAGCGCAGAAAGUCUGUGGGCCUUGGGGGGAACGUGGCAGUCUCGCUCAAG